UAUUUCUCUCUCUCUCUCUUAUAAAAAGGGUUUCUCACCUUUCCAAUUUUGGUCAUAAACUCCAAACCCCCCAUCACGGUUUUGUAUAGUGCAUCCUCAAAUCAAAACCCCAUUUAUCCAAACAUGUCAAUUGUUAGUGAUUUGUUUGGUAAUUACCAAGAAAAUUUCUUGUGGAACAAUGAUCACUGUGGGAGUUUGAUUUCUGGGCAAGAAGAGAGUUCAUUUGACUUCAAUUACUUGAACAAGAUGUUGUUUGAUGAUAUGGUUUCCGUGGCCGCCGAAGAGACGAUGUCGUCCUCGGAUUCGAGCUCUUGCUCGUCUUCGAUUGUGAUGCAAGUUAAGGAGGAGGUGGUGGAAGUGGAGGUGGAUGAAGGGAGUUUUAGUGAGGACGUGGUUGUGGAGGAAGAUCAAUCACAUAAAGAGGAAAGGGUUUAUCGAGGAGUACGGAGGAGGCCGUGGGGGAAGUAUGCAGCCGAAAUUAGGGACUCGACACGACAAGGGGUGAGAGUGUGGUUGGGGACGUUCGAUAGCGCCGAGGCGGCUGCGUUGGCAUAUGACCAAGCCGCAUUUUGUAUGAGAGGAGGGUUAGCUACGCUCAACUUUCCGAUCGAGGUCGUUCGAGAGUCGCUUAGGGAAAUGAAGUAUCGGCGGGAGGUUGGGAGCUCGCCGGUCUUGGCACUUAAGCGGCGCCACUCAAUACAGAGGAAGAGGAUGGCUGAAGUGGAGAAGAUGGAGAAGAAGAUGAUGAAGAAGAAGAAGAAGAAAAGUGUAGUUGUUUUUGAGGAUUUGGGUGUUGAGUACUUGGAAGAACUCUUAAGUUUGACUUCUUAAUUGUGUGGGUCGUCGUCAUUAGGGAUGAUAGUUAAUUCUUUUGCCCUCUAUUCUUUCCUUCUUUUCUUCAUUUUACUAUAAUAGCUCAACUAGGUUAUUAAUGUAUUCAUAACAUUUUUUAGAUUAAAUUAAUUAAACUAAAGUGU